ACAUUCGCGCGCGCACGCAGCUCACGAGGACCUCACACGCGCACCAUAAUACAUUUUUCAAUACAUUUAGUAUUUAACUGUGACUUUAAUACAUAUUAUAACAUAUUAAUAUUUUAACCGUGACUUUAAUACAUGCAACUGUGACACGAGUGUAUCCAACGGACCUUUUUUUCUUCUCUUCUCCCGCCACCAUAAUAUCGUGCGGGUACCAUUACGGACGACCGUUAAUAUUAUUAACAAUAUACUAGGUGCCGAACACGCCGAGCCACGAACCUGCACCGAAAUGAGUGAAAACAAUACCGAAAACAAUCAACUCUCGACGGCGCCUUCUAACGGUGUACACUUAGGGGACGAUAAGGUUAAAGCCAAAUUUAUCAUCCUCAAAGAUUCCGUGGAAACAAAUGAAAAACCGAACAAAAAUGGAAACGAUAGUCUCUCGUCCAAUGAUGCCGAAAACUUAAGACCGGAAAAUGAAGAACUACCUGAAGGUGUUCGUCAAGGUAUCUGCAAAUGGUUCAACUCAAAAAAAGGAUUCGGAUUUGUCACUCCAGACGAUGGUGGUAAAGAUGUUUUUGUUCAUCAGAGAGUAAUUAAAAAAGACGGAUUUAGAUCCCUUAGAGAGAACGAACACGUGGAGUUUACAUGUCAUGAAUCAGACAAGGGUUUAGAAGCUACUCUCGUUACUGGACCAAGGGGUCAAUACUGUAAAGGAUCAAAAAAAGCAUUUCCUCAAAAAAAAUUGAGAUGUUACAACUGUGGAGAUUUUGCCAAUCAUAUUGCUGCCAAAUGCACAUUGAGUCCUCAGCCCAAACGCUGUCAUAGUUGUAAGGAUCCAAACCACCUUAUAGCUGAUUGCACUCAGAUUCAGAGCAAAGAGCCUGUGAUUAAUAAGUUCAUCAAAAAUCCGCGGAAAAAAUCAGAACGACAGAAGCCAAGACCAAAGUCAAAACCUGAAGAUGGUAGUGUUGAUGAACAACAGCAGUCAACUGUUUUACCCAAUCAGAAUGGAGACGAAAUUAAUGACAAACAAGAUUAAGAUAAUUGAGUACAAGAAGACUAAUAAAAUAUCAUUCAUAAUCAUAAUUAAUUUUAAUUGCAUGGAGAUAAAUUAAUAUUUUUUUAAACAUUGGAGUUUUAAGAUACCUAUUCCUUAAAAAAAAGACUUAAUAUAGGUACCAUUUUGUAAACUAUUUUUUCUAAAAUAAAUUUUUAAUGUUGGUAAAAUGUCAACAAAUUAAAUUAUUUUAUUCAUG